GCCUCUGGCUGCUUCAUACCCCCAUAAUUGUUUUGACCAAAACCACCACCACUCCGCUCUCUCUCUCUCUCUCUCUCUUGAGGCGGUCUUUCGAUCGUCUCCGGUGGUCGGAGUUGUAGUUCUUUCUCAAUUUCAAUUUAGGUUGUGUAGAUUCUUCGAAUUCGGAAUUCUUCACCGUCGCUGUCGAUUUUGUCCGAGAAUUCCGAGUUUUGAACUGUUCUUUCAAGCGGUUUGCUGUCAACGACGUAGUUUUCGAUGGGAUUGUGCGAUGAGGGGGAUUGGCCACCGGGGUUUCGGUUUCACCCGACGGAUGAGGAGCUGGUUCUGUAUUACUUGAAGUUCAAGAUCUGUGGACGCAAAUUGAAGCUUGAUAUCAUCCGUGAGACCGAUGUUUACAAGUGGGAACCCGAGGAAUUGCCUGGUCAAUCUAAGUUAAAAUCUGGUGAUAGACAAUGGUUCUUUUUCAGUCCUAGGGAACAUAGAUACCCAAAUGCAUCAAGAUUGAGUAGAGCUACUAGACAUGGCUACUGGAAGGCGACGGGAAAGGAUCGAAUAAUACAGUGCAAUUCACGUAAUGUCGGAGUGAAGAAGACCCUUGUGUUCUAUCUAGGUCGUGCCCCUAAUGGCGAGCGCACUGACUGGGUUAUGCACGAGUAUUCCUUGGAGGAAGAUGAGCUUAAGAGGUGUAAGAAUGUAAAGGAUUACUAUGCGCUCUACAAACUUUACAAGAAAAGUGGACCUGGACCUAAAAAUGGGGAGCAAUAUGGAGCACCAUUUAAAGAAGAAGAUUGGGUUGACGACGCCGAUGGUCAGGAGCCUCAAGUGAAGAUACUUGAUGAGGUUAAUUCUGUAGUUCGUGAAAUAGAGAAUGGUCGAAUUCAGCUUUCAUCAGAUGAUAUUGAGGAGCUUAUGCAACAAGUUGUAAAUGAUCCUGUUCCAGUGUUGCCAUCAAUCAGUGGUUAUCAUCAAUUUGACUCUGCUGUGCAGGUUGAUGACAAAGAAGAAACUGUAAGUACUAUGAUCGAUGCUUACUCUUGGGAUCACGUUCUUCCUGAAGCGGAUAAAGUACAUGACUUUAGUGGCCAUCCCAGUGACUUACAUGCAAGCUUUGACUUUACCCAGUUGGGUAACUCUCAGUUGCAAUCAUUUGAGAGUGAGAUAUCAUCAGCUCCCAAAUAUUGCGAGGAAGAAGAUUUCUUGGAGAUCAAUGAUCUCCUUGACCCGGAGCCUUCUCCGGUGGCAAAUGUAUCACCCACAGAAUUGGACGGAUUGAGCGAGUUAGAUCUGUUCCAUGAUGCGAAUAUGUUUCUCCGCGACUUGGGUCCCAUCGUCCCUGAAACAGCUUUAGAUCCAUAUUUGAAUGCUCUCGAUAUCGAUGUUACGAACACUUUGAAUGACCGUUUGGACUACGGGAUGGACAAUGGAUUCUGGAAGAACAACGAGACAGAAAAUGCCUUCAGCUUCCCGGAAUCGCAUGGACAGUUUGUUACUCAAUCAACCUUAGGUGUGGGAUAUGAAUCUGUAAGUUCUGCAGCAGCAGGAACAGCAGGAACAACAACGGAGAACCAAACUGCAACAAAUGCUGGUGGCGAUUCUGCAAGUUGGUUCUCUUCCAAUUUGUGGGCGUUCGUAGAGUCGAUACCGACCACUCCUGCAUCAGCUUCAGAGAAUGUCAACCGCGCUUUCGAGCGGAUGUCUAGUUUCAGCAGAUUGAAACUAAAUACACUGAAUACCCUUAACGCCAAUGUCGCCGUCGAUAAUCCCGUUACCGGUGCAAGGAGAACGGGUAUGAAUAAAGGAUUCUUAUUGUUUUCAAUUGUUGGAGUAUUGUGUGCCAUUCUAUGGGUGUUGAUAGGAAAUGUUAGAUUAUGGGGAAACUGCAUUGCCUCGUGAGAUGAGAGUUCUUUCAUUCCUUUGUUAUAUGCAUAGAAUAUUGGAUGUAAAGCAAUCCAGUUAUGGCUAAUUAUAGAUGAGAGUUCUAUACAUCUAGUUUGAUUCCUGAGUGCCACGUGUAGUUUACUACUGAGUGCCACGUGUAUCCUAGAAUUAUUCAUAAAUUAUA